UCACCCACCUCUGGAAUUACAAAAAACACCCUCCACCUUUGCUCAUAUUUUCCAAUGCUACCUCAACUCAACUGCCACAGCAUUCACCCCGUGAUCUACACUUUGCUGCAAGACCCUUUAGAGAAAACUGUAAGAUUUUGUUAAUUUUUGCUUUCAAGAAGCUCAUUUCUUGCUGCUGCUAAAAAGAAUCUUAUUUCUGGGUUUUUCUUGUUGCUCAUUUUCAAUUAAGUUUUUGGUUCAUUACUUUAAAAAUCCUGUCUUUUUGGGUAUUUUGAUCUUGUUUAAGCAAUGGUGCUAAGUUAAGUUGAAUUUCAGUUUUUUGAGAGUUAACUUCUUGCUCUGCAUUCAAGAUGGUCGGUCAUUUUAGUGUUUGUUGGCGAUUGAGGCCUGCCUUUUUUGAUGUUCUGAGUUUUGGAAAGUUGAAAGCUAAGGGGAUGUUUAAGAGCUGGUUUUUUCAGUCAUUUAAUGGGAUUAUUGUGGUUGGAUCAUUGCUGUUCUUUGUUGCAGCUAUAAGUUCUGGUUAUUUUUUCAUGUUUCCAACUUUUCAACCAGAGAUGAAUAAUCCUGACAACAGAACAUCACCUGAGUUUGUGAUUGAUAUGAAUAGCACAUCAACUGAGUUAGAUGUUGAUAUUGAUAGUGCAUUACCUGAUUUGGUUAGAGAAUGCAAUGUGUUUGAUGGAAGUUGGGUGGCUGAUGAUAGUUUUCCUUCGUAUAAUGCAUCAAAUUGUCCUUUUGCUGAACGUGGAUUUAAUUGUUUAGCUAAUGGUCGGCGAGAUAAAGGGUACCUUAAGUGGAGGUGGCAACCAAAGAAUUGUAAUAUCCCGAGGUUUGAUGUGGAAGAGACGUUGGAAUUUCUUCGUGAUAAAAGGGUUGUCUUUGUUGGAGAUUCAUUGAGUAGGACUCAAUGGGAAUCUAUGGUGUGUAUGCUUAUGACUGGGGUCAAUGAUAAGAGGAGCGUGUAUGAAAUCAAUGGAAGCAAGAUUAGUAAACAGAUUAGGCAUUUAGCGGUUCGGUUCGGUUCUUUCAAUUUCACAGUGGAGUUUUACCGGUCAAUUUUCCUAGUGCAGCCACACCAGGCGCCAAAGCGAGCUCCAAAGAGGGUUAAAGUAGCACUUCAGCUUGAUAGGUUGGAUGAUAUCAGUAAAGAAUGGGUUGAUUCUGAUAUCCUUAUCUUCAAUUCAGGGCAUUGGUGGACACCUGGAAAGCUCUUUGACAUGGGCUGGUACUUUCAAAUUGGUGGAAAGAUGAAGCUUGGGAUGCCAAUUUCUGGUGCUUUUAAAACAGCAUUGGCCACUUGGAAAUCUUGGGUCGAGAGUAGGAUCAAUACCAGAAAAACUCGUGUAUUUUUCCGGACAUUCGAAUCCACCCACUGGAGUGCAUCCCGACAGCAUUGCAAAGUAACAGAGCAGCCCAUGUCAAAAGUUAACGGCAGGGACAAGCACCCGUUUUCUGAUGCCAUAAUUGACGCUGCUAAGAAUACAUCAAUACCUGUCACAGUGUUGCAUGUAACUCCCAUGGGGGCAUUCAGAAGUGAUGCACAUGUGGGGACUUGGAGUGACAACCCAUCAGUACCUGAUUGUAGCCACUGGUGCUUACCUGGAGUACCUGAUGUUUGGAACGAACUGCUCUUCUCAUUUCUGCUCUCAGAUCAAGGCCCUCAAUGAAUGUCCGACAAUUGACAUAUACUUCACUGCACAUAUACAACUUUAUUGUUCCCCUUUUUGAGUCACUGAGGAAUGAGGACUCUGCAAAUAGAGCUUCUUUGUACAUUGAGUGGCACUUCCUACUUUGUUGUAUUAUUCAUCAUCAAGAAGACAGUUAGAUUUUUCUUUUCCAACUGUGCCAAUGUAAAGAAAUUCACUGAUAAUGGAAGACCGAGGAUGUAAAUUGAACUCAGGAAAUGGCUUCAUAUGUACAAAGAUUCCCUUAAUGACAAGCUGGUCAUUUUGAUCUCUUUAUA